AUGGGAAAAUUUUAUUUUAAAUACAGUGCAUAUUUUGAAGAAAAUUAUGAAACCCCCAUGUAUCUUGGACAAUGUGAUCAAUUUAUUUCAUCAUUUUGGCUUCAACGACGAUGGAUAUUAGAUAUUGAAUUUGAAUUUGAAGAUAUCAUUUAUUCAAUUCAUCCACAUUAUAUGGAAAACGCGGAUGAACUUUAUAUGUUACUUUUAAUUUGUUCACGUAUUAAUCAUCUUCAAAUUGAAUGUAUGAAUUACAUGUAUGCUGACUUGUUAACAGAAAUUAAGGGUGUAUCUAAUUCUUUACUUCGAUUAUUAUGUUUAGCUAUUUCAGAAGCACAUGAUGAAAUGAUUGAAACAUUAGAAGAAAUGAUUGAUAGGAAAAAUUAA